CAUCGCCAGAUCUCACGGCCAUUGAUCAAGUCGAAAUGGAGUACGAUACCAAGACGCCAAAGGCAGUCACCAACGACCCCAAGUCCUUUGCCAGCGACUCGGUUCGCAUGCGAUGGCCCAUCAUCCUCACUAGUGCUGUGGAUGACGUCUACAAGGCCAUUUCUGCCACGGAUGACCCCGAGAAGCAAGCUGAGGGCAAGAAGAUUGUCGAGCAGCUGGGCAACCUCAAGUAUGAGAUGCUGCACGACCGACAGCUCACUCCUCUAGUCGAAGACGGAUUCUCAGAUGAGACGGCCGCCUACAACAAGGAGCUGGAGCAACUGGGCAACCCAACCUGGUUCCAAGUCCCUUGGCUGUUCUCCGAGUGCUACAUGUACCGACGUGUCAACACCUUCUUCACCACGACCCAGCACUGGAAAAACUACGACCUCUUUGCCCGCCAGAAGAUCGACACCUUCCGAACUUCUCGCAAUGGCGUCGUGGAGCUUGCUGCCAGAUAUGCAGACAUCGUUUCAAAAAUCCGUGCUGACAAGAACAUUACCCAUGACGCUGAGGCUGAAAAGAUUCUCUUCAUAGAGAUGUGCGAGGUCUGCCUGUGGGGUAAUGCGACCGAUUUGUCGCUGCUCACCACCAUGACCUACGAGGAUAUCCAGAGGCUGCAGGGCAGCGAAGCUAGAAAGGCAGCAGAGCAGCAUAUCCUUGUCAACAAAAUCCCCCAAGCUUAUGAUCUGCUCAAGAAGGCUCAGGCCGAGGGCAAGAAGGAGCGUCGCGUAGACUUUGUUCUGGACAACUCCGGCUUCGAGCUCUACGUCGAUCUGGUGCUGGCCGGUUAUCUUCUCAACACUGGCCUUGCCACUCACGUUGUGCUUCGCCCCAAGUCAAUCCCCUGGUUCGUCUCUGACGUUCUCCCCGCAGACUUUGCGGCCCUCCUCAGUGCUCUCGCCAGCCCUAAGCAGUUCUUCGAAGCUCCGACGGAGGAGGAGAAGGUCUCUGACAAGACUCCCGUGCCUCUGUCAGAGAAGGAGAUUCAGAAUCUUCUCUUCGUCUUCCAGGACUGGGCGAACUGGCAUGCUGAGGGCCAGUUGACCAUCCGACCCAACAGAUACUGGACCUCUGGCGCUUCUUUCUGGCGACUUCCCCAUGAGGCCCCUGAGCUGCACGAAGAUCUGAAGCAGGCCGAGCUUGUCAUUUUCAAGGGUGACUUGAACUACCGGAAGCUGACUGCUGAUGCUUGCUGGGACCCUACCACUCCUUUUACAGAGGCCCUCGGUCCCUUGGGUGCUGGCUCUGGCGUCAACGUCAUGUCUCUGCGAACCUGCAAGGCUGACGUUGUUGUCGAUCUUCCCGCUGGUAAGGAUGAAGAGCUGAGAGCCCUUGAGGGCGGCGGCGGCGAUAGUGGUGCCAGAAAAUGGGCUUGGAGUGGCAAGUGGGCGGUUGUGUCUUUGUCUGAGGGCAAAUAAAAUAGGAAUGAUCAUAGCGAUGUUUUUUCAAAGAAUUUCUUAAAAACAAAAAACUGGAAAGAUGGACUCAUAGAUGUAUAGAGAAUAUAGCGUUCAAGAAUGAGGAAAAGUUAGAUUACUU